GAUAUCUGCACAAAGCUUGGCCUCGAGUCUCCACAGGACGCUGCGGGCGUUGUGGCCAAAGCUGUGGUGGACGGCGUCAUCGACGCUACGAUUGAUUACGAUCAGCAGUUCGUGAAGUCCAACCAGAAGUUGGACCUCUAUCACUCUACGGAGCCUCAGAAGGCCCUGCACAAGCGCAUUGCCUUCUGCCUGCAGAUGCACAAUGAUGCCGUGAAGGCGAUGGCAUACCCGGAUGAGAAUGACAACAAGGACGCAGAAGACCCUGAGGAGAAGCGGGAGCGUGAGAAGCGGGAGUUGGCCAACAUCGAAGAAGAUGGUGGCGAUGAUGACAUGAUCAUCUGA